UUUUGAUUGACGGAGGAAACGCCGCCCAGGAGACGCGGAGGCUCAAGUAUUCCCACAGAUGUCGGCGUCGACACAGCCACAACAAAGUUGAGAGUGAGAAGACGUAGUUCAUGGCCAACAGCAGCACCUGAAGCCCCUUCUCCGCUCAUAAACCUCGCCAUGGAUGUGCUGAAAUCAGCCAGAAGGGCUUUUAUUCGCAGUCCCAGCCUGACCAAACAGUCCCGGAGCUCAGGCAAACACCAGAAGCUCCCUGAGAACUGGACUGACACGAGAGAGACUCUUCUGGAGGGAAUGACCUUUAACCUUCGGCAUCUGGGCAUGACUCUGGUGGACCAACCCAAAGGCGAGGAGCUCUCAGCUGCUGCUGUCAAGAGGAUUGUUGCCACUGCCAAAGCCAGCGGGAAGAAACUGCCUAAAGUGAUCCUGAAAGUGUCUCCUCAGGGAAUCGUCCUGUGCGACAGUGUGUCCAACCAGCUGAUCGAGAACAUUUCCAUAUACAGGAUUUCAUACUGCACAGCUGACAAGAUGCAUGACAAAGUGUUUGCUUUCAUCGCUCAGAACCAGCAGAAUGAGACGCUGGAGUGUCAUGCAUUCUUCUGUGCCAAACGGAAAGUGGCCCAGGCAGUCACGCUCACGGUGGCCCAGGCCUUUAGAGUGGCCUUCGAGUUCUGGGAGGUUGCCAAAGAAGAGAGAGAGAAUUGUGUGAAAUGGGAUUCAGCUGGAGAGACGUCGAACAGCUCACAGUCGGAGAGAUCGGUCAGCCUGAAAGGAGGAGUAGCUACAGAUAACCUGUUGGACAUUGAUGAUUACUCCUCUGCUGUGGAAAAUGUGGACAAUCCUCCCGAACCCAACAACAACAGCACCACCCUAUGGGAGAUGGAUGAUGGUCUGGAAGAGGCUUUUUCAAGCUGCAGUUUGGAUAGCUAUGAGUACUCUCCAGGUAACAAGUACAGGUCCAGUCCUGUACCAAUCCAACCUAAGCUCAACUUCCACCCGCUCCAUACCCAAAUCUGUGUCCCGUUUAUAUACUGUCUGUCAGUCUGUUACAUCAUUCCCCUCCCCUGUUGUCUUCCAGAACCCUGCCAACUUUCACUGAUCAACCCAACCAAAUUAGCAUCCUGGGCUGGUACUGACCCAACACAUAGAUCUGAUUGUGAAUUUGAUGGCAGGGUUCUGCAAUGAUCCAUAUUUAAAUGCAAUGUGCAGGACAUGGUGUCUUGGUGAUUUUUCCCCCUCCUAAAUGUUUUUUUACCCUUAAGGAUUGUUUCCUUCAAUAUCCCAUCAUUCUUAGUCUAGCCAGUUUGUAUGUUAUUUCUGUGUUUUCAUGUUGUUUUGUUGUUAACCCUGAACAUAACCCUUAGUUAAAUGUGUAAUACGAUUACUUUGUACUGCAUGUCUUCUAACCUUACAAAUAAAACCAUACCCGUUGUUAGCAUAGUAAAUAACAUAGCUACCAACCAAAAUG